AUGGCUGAAAGUUCUGCGGCACCCGCUGAAGCCUCUGCGGACUGGCAGCGCGCCAUACGAGAGAAUGUGGACCUGCGCCGGCAGAUCCUUGCCAGUGGCGAACUGAGCGAUGUACUGUUUGCCGUCGGUAGUCAGCAUGGCGACGUCAAGUUGUUUGCUGCGCACAAGUUCAUCCUGAGCAAUGGCAGCACCGUGUUCUACACCAUGUUCCACGGGAGUUUACCGGAAACCGGUGAGCAGCCUAUCGACGUGCCUGAGAUUCUGCCGGAUGCGUUCAGCAAUAUGCUUACAUAUAUUUACACCAGCUCCGUGGACAACGGUCUGAAGGCUGACAAUGUAUUUGAAACGAUUUACUGCGCGGACAAAUACAGUCUGCCGCUGCUGGAAAAUCUGUGCUUGACGUUCAUCAAAACCGAUUUAAAGGCCGACAACUGCCUCAUGUAUCUGGAAAACGUCAAACGCUGCAUCCACGAUUGUGUGUCUAAAGCUGGGCUGGAAGAGAAAUGCUUGGAGACUGUGGACAAGUUCAGUCCAGCUGUUCUGCAGUCGAAUUAUUUCCCGACAGUGGACCUGGAGAUAUUGAAGAUGAUUGUGCAGCGCGACAGCCUGUCGGCGGAUGAGCAUACCAUUUACACGGCUGUGGAGAAAUGGUCCGCGGAGGCUUGUUUGCGGGGAGACCUGGAACCUUCGCCAGCCAACCGGCGUGCGGUGCUUGGCGAAGUCUUGUUCCUCGUCCGAUUUCCCUUGCUGAGCAACAAAGAACUGGCCAACGGGCCCAUGAAAAGUGUACUGCUGCUGGAAACUGAAUUUUGGGACAUGCAUCAGUACAAUCAUGCCACCAGUACUACCAACAUGCGACAGAUGCCGUUUCCGACUGUCCACCGUACCGGCUCGAUUCUACGCUUCCCAAAGGGGUAUGCGGAAUUCGUGCCCCAAGAAGAGGUGUUUGUUGAGGUUGGUUCUGGGCAAAAUCUCUUCUGGUAUCCGGCAGUAGUUGUCGGAAUGUUGCCAUCGGGGAUUAUCAGUGUUUCGCGAAAUGGAGGUCAGACACGAUACCAUUGUGCAGCGUAUAAGGUGGUGCGGGCUGUGGAUAUCCUGAAACCUGAACAAGAAAUCAAGAGUCCCAUCACGCGCCGCUAUCUAACCGCAAAGUUGAUUCAUUACCACGAGAAUCUGAAUACUUAUACUGUAAGCAUUAAGGGUGAAUGGCACUCCAGACAGUUCAUGCAGUUGGGCGUCAGUCGCGACCAAAUGACGGAGUGGAAAACAGCCAAUUCUUCCACCGUGUUUUACUGUUAA